AAUUCGAAAACGUUCAAGUUUGAGACCAAGUAGUUCUGAGGUCUGGUGUGAUACUACUUAUAUAACAUUUUGGAGACAAAACGAAAAUAGCCCAGUCAAUUGUUCUGUUUAUCAUUAUUCAUAUGGAAGUGCAUUUUUAUUCAAAUAAUUGUCUAAAAUGAUAUAUCGUGAGAAUAGACAAAUCGAACGUAAAAAAGUGUUGGUAUUUCGAAGUGAAAAAAGUUAUUGAUGGAAUAUUUCUGAUAUAUCUGUUAUUGUCUAGUAUUAUCACAUCAUCUUACAUUCCACUACCAAAAACCUCAUCUGUACCGAUAUACCUGCAUCUCUAGGCAAUCAGGCUCAACUGAUUUUCCAUUGACAACAGCAAACAUCGUAUACAAGGUCUAGAAUUUGUACAUCAUGCUGCUAUCCCAUAGUCCACCAGUUUUCUCACACAGCCCGCCAACCGAUUUCUUGUCACAACCUUUCCACAGCUCCUUCAGAGAUGUACCUAGAAUUCGAAGAUCAACUUCUUUCCCAGUCAGAUGUUCAACCAAACAAUUCACCCGACCUAGUAAACCGAUCCUUAUAACGAGAACAUCAGAAGAAACGUCUUCCGACGAAGACAAUCUCAGCCCGACCAAAAACAAGAAAAAAGUCGUAUUCGCGGAUGACAAAGGGAUGUCCUUGACCCACGUACGUCUCAUGACAGAACCUUCAAAUGUACCUCCGCUAUGGACCAAACGAUUCCUUUUCGAAGUAACUCGAGGGAUCAGUGCAGACCCGGUGAAAUCGGACAUAAGUUGGGAGAUCACCUUUGCACAGCCGGCAUCUGACUAUAUAGAGUUUCGUCACAGACUUGACACCCAAAAUGUUUGCUUGGAAAACGUGCUGAUCAAGGAGAACGAAGCACAGAUCUUUGGAACGGUGAAAGUUGCUAAUGUGUGCUUCGAAAAGACUGUAUUUGUUCGAUCGUCCAGUGACGAUUGGACCAACCACGAAGAUACGCCUUGUUCUUACGUUCCUAACACCUUACCAUCGCCUGUUGCUGCUUCCGCUUAUGUCCUUUAUGACACCUUCACAUUCAAUAUGAACCUACCCAAGGAAUCUAAACGUCUAGAAUUCUGCAUAUGUUUCAAAAGUAACGACGCUGAAUACUGGGACAACAACAAUAACAGGAACUAUCUUUUGCUGAAGAGGAUACAGUUUCUGCCGAGGACGAACUCCACUGACAGUUUUUUGAAGGGUCAAAACAAGAUGUCUAAUGUAGAGACGAAAAGUCAAGAUUCGUACAUUGAAACAUCGUCUCUAACCACAAGCACAUGGUCUGAAUUUGCCAGUUGGACGAAUUUUGAAAGUUGUGGGCCUUAUUGGUGAUUUUGGGAUAUCAGAAAAGUUCUGAGAUGUGAUAAAAAAAGUGAAAGACUGUCUGAGAUCUUGUGCAUUGGGCUAUUUGUACAGCGGUUAUGAGGGCCAUUGGAAUACUGAGAAUGCACUUAACAUCUGCUCCAUGAAUAUUGAUGAUGGAAGUUUACUAUCUGUGAUAAGAUUUAAACUAUGCUAUAUCAAAAUUUUCUAUUUUAUAUAUUUCGACUAUCCAUAUUUUUUUGAUACCAUUUUGGAGAAUAUGUACCUACUACACGAUUGAGUUUCAACUUUAUCCUUUGUUUUAGUAUUGUGACAACAUUUCAAUUAUUCUCUCCAAGAACGUUUUUAUCUUUUUAGUGUAGGACAAACCAAUUAUUUGAUUCGUUGUUAUUAUCGUCUCCUUUUUGAAGAGAUAAUUGAGAACUUCUUCUGAAAUGAUUCCUAAACAUUGAAAUAAACUUGCAUGAUAAUUUGCAUUUACAUAUCAGUUACGAUAAUUCACAAGGAAUUGUUUCAAUUGAAAACUUUAUGUAUUUCGUUAUCUCAGUAAAUGUAUAUUUCUGUUCAUUUAUUACGUGAGAUAUGUACAGCAUUUUAGUUUUAUAUAAAAUUCACGACAUGAAUAGUUUGCUAGAUAUAUAUAUUUAAAAAAAAACUCAAAUAUUCCUGAUUAUUGGUGCCAUCUGUUGUGUUUUUAAAUACUGAAUUUUUGAAGAUAUUGAUGUAACCGAGUAGGUUGCUUCAUUUUUAUUGUUUUGUAUAUUUCAUGUUUUACUGUUACGUUGUUGUUUCUUUUUAUGGAACUGUUUAUCAAAUAUACUGAGUUACUUCGUAGAUAUUAUAUAUAUACUACUUUUAAUAAAAAUAAAUGAUUUUA